GAGCCAGUCGACGGAAGGCUCUGUUUACGUUGUUCCCCAAGAUAAAGUCGAUCACGAAUGGCUAAAAUUGGGAUCCAUCGGCAACACGAAAAAUCCUGUUCUUUUAUCUCUCUGCUCUUGAUGUCAGGCAUGUUCAGUGAAGUGAUUGUUACUUGUUGUUCCCUGAGGCCUAGCCGUGUUCCAGUGGAUCGAGUGAAGUGACUUGUGAGAGGAUGCAAACGUGGCCAAUCGGGUCUUUGUUGCUUCGUCCAUUGGAAUUUCAUCGUGUGGCAUGAGGGUUGAGCACCAUGUGGUGCUCUUGGAUUCGAUCAGCAAUUAGGCAAACGUCAGUCUUGGUCCAGUUAGCGAGUCUGGUCACUUGUCUGGCUUCAUUCACAAUUGCCGGAAUUGUAGAACCAGAUCCGGACUUUGAUGACAAAUCUCGCUACGAUGGCGCCUUUCAAGCCACCAUGUCCGCCAUUGGAACUUUGGACGAUAUCCCUUUGCAUCCUUUGGAUGUGAGUCCACAAUUGGCCAGCAAUGUGACAUCUGCGGGCCAGAGCAUCAAUGUCACCUUGGUCAUGUUAUCCCGCAAAUCAGCCAAACUGAUUUGGAGCCCAGAAGGAGCCUUUUUCGGCCGAGAUUUUGAGAUUGUCUUCACUCCCGAAGACUCCAAUUAUAAGGUUGUGAUUUCUCUGUCUGACCCGGUGGAAAACUUUGUCCAUCUUCACGACCUUCGUCCGUACACUCAUUAUCAUUUGAUUGUGAGGAGCCGGAAUGCAAUCACAGGAGCCGCCCAACUCCACGUGUCGCUCAACUUCAGCACGUCAGUGAUGAGCCCGAACGAAAUUGUGAUCCCUCCACCUCUGGAAUUUUCCCGAGUUCAGGCUGACGAGGUGUUCAUUGUGAUCUUGGUGCUUAUCGUUUGGGCAGGAGCGGUCUAUGUGUUCUUCAACCAAUGGGGAAAAAUCCGUGGCAUUAUUCCCUAUCAACCCGCCUUUCGCAAAUACGAUGUGGACCAAGUGGACGUGGACGAUGUGGCCAGCCUCAUUCCCCCCGGGUGCCAUCAGUGCGAAACGAGACAGUUCCACGUGUGUCAUCGAGCCAAGACAUUUGACGGGAUCAUGGCCACCAAUCCCGAGUAUUGGCUUCAUCGUCGGAAUAACUCGACCUUGGGGAUCAACUGUGAUAUCUACUACAAUGACCCGAACGGGUUCGGCCUCAUUGGAGCGGGAGAUUUGAACCUUCGGAAGACCAAAAGUGCCGAGAGCGUCCUUUGUCACCCCUAUCCCAGGAUCAUUGUCAAUGAGUCCUUUGACCAUAUGGCGAUGGAACGUCAAGGGACUGAACGGGACGAUCCUCAAUCCGAAGGGAGUGAUGAGAGCGACGAGGAACAGGGGGCAUUGCUCAAUUCUGACCCCGAAAUGGACCCUGAGAAACACAUGCUGAGUAAACGAAAGCGAUCUCAUACCAGGACAGAAAGCCAAAAGUCUCAGAAAGAGCCGCGUCAUCUGUUGGAGCCACCCACCACGUUAAAAUAUCGUCCAAGUUCUCCGAUAUCUGGCGAGUCCACUCAACCCAAUUCUCCAGGGUGUCUCUCGCCCUCGGCUCAAACCCACAGAAGGUCCAUGAUAGACAUCGUGUCGCCCUUUAUGCAGCAUCAACAACAGCGAAGUCCUCAUUCCACAGUACUGGAACACUCCAAAAGAGCCUUUCUUCAGUCCAUACGAAGCUCUUCGGUUGCGGCCACCUCUCCACCCGCUGUGAUCUUGUCCAAUUAUGGAACAUCCGUCGAUUCCUGUCCCCUGAGCCCAACUAUGAUGAAGGGAAGCGGUUUUUUGACUGAAGGACCCGUGAGUACCAAUCCCAAUCCAUCGAUGGCUUACUACCCGCCCCCAUCACCUCGGAUAAUGAGCAGAGCAUUCCCGCAAAACAUUCGCCGACAGACCUCCUUAGUGGAGAACACCAUUCCGCUCACCACCACUUUGGUCAACCGAAUGUGCAAGAAGAACCAACCCCGAGUCUCCAAUAAUUCCUCGUGGGGUGGGUCUGCUCAGCCCACGUCCAUUUCCAGCCAAACGGCCCGGCGUCAAGACCAAGAUUACUACCGGCGGAAGCACUUCCAUUACUCAAGCGAAUCUGGCGAGAGUGUCAAAUCUGCUGUCUUUCAUCCCACGGUUUCCUCGUACUACGCUCAGUCGCGCAAGCAACGCAUGGGCAGCUUCCGAAGCCGACGCCUCCAGAAGCAGCAUCCUAUCCAUCUGUCAGAUUCCGAGCAGCCGGAGCAGUUCCUUAUCACGCCUUCACAAUCGCCCCCCACCGUCGUGGCCUCGACCUCGGGUCAAACUGGGCCGACCAUACCCACGUCCACCAGUGAUGGAUCAUGGUUCCCAAGACGAACCAGCGCCGAGGUCAGCAUUGGUACUGGCGGGAUGAUGAUGAUGAUGGUGAAAGAUAAUUUCGAGGGCAUUGAGGCAAAACAAUCGAGGGGCUUGGAACACUUGGAAUCCAGCUCAUCUAGCGUGGGUCCAAGUGGGAUCAAAUCCCCCUCUAUUGCAGAGGCGGAAGGCGAGAGGUCCCUCGAAAAUCCAUCUCACUUCGCGAUCGAGUCGACUCCCUCGUCACUUGUAAACCCUGAUUCAAUCAGAACGGCCUUCUCCGCGUCGCUUCGAGUUUCAGGAACCGCUAAUGAAGACCACUCGUGUCGCUCGAAGGACCAGCAAAGAUGGUCGGUCUCGUCGGAUACGGAGGCCACGAAGGCCAGUCAAAUAUUUUGGCGCUAUGGCUCGGGUCCUAAUUCGAAAUCAAGCCGCGACUCUAAAGAUGCUGAAGCUGGAUACCUCGACAAAAUAACGCCCACAAAUGAAGAAUCUCAGGGUGCCGAGAAAAGUAUCUUUCUUUCCGUGCCCUAUCGGAUAAUAUCCGAGGAAAACAACUGACUGAAAGAGUAGAGUAAUAGUGACCAGUCUUUGGCCGAGGUGGUUUCAAAAUACAUAAGUGGAGAUUUUUGACUCUCUUUUUUGGCUCGUUUCAAAGGCCACUCUUGAACGAGUUUGAUUCAUAUUUAAAUAGGAUUAGCUCAGGCCUCAUGAUGAAAGCCUCUAACAUGCAAAUGAUUAUGCACAGCAGUGUAUUGUGCACGAUGUAUAUCCGAGCCAGGAAGAAUACAUAAAUGUACCUACAUAUAUAUAUAGAUAUAUAUUAUGUAUAUGGAAUGAAGUUUGCGAAUAAAGUCAAAAUGAGAACAUGG